UCUGACCCGAGAGAGAUGGGCGAGUUCCAAGUGAAGUUCAUGACACCGUACCCAGUUUCCUCCGGGGGAGGGUUUAGUUGCCCGGAAACGGAAGUUUCGUUCUUUUUUUUCACCCUCUUCGCCUCUGGCCACUUGGUGCGCCGGCCGCACGCCCCGUGCCUCGCAGCCAUGCCUCGCAAAAUCGAGGAGAUCAAGGACUUCCUGCUCACAGCCCGGCGGAAGGACGCCAAAUCUGUCAAGAUCAAGAAAAACAAGGAUAAUGUGAAGUUCAAAGUCCGAUGCAGCAGAUACCUGUAUACCUUGGUCAUCACGGACAAAGAGAAGGCCGAGAAGCUGAAGCAGUCCCUGCCCCCGGGUUUGGCGGUGAAGGAGCUGAAAUGAACCCGACAUGCUGAUCUGUAUUAAAACGUUAAAAACUCU